UCUAAAUCAAGGGGAUAAACAUAAUCAUACUAAAUUAGAGCUCAUUGUUCUGGCAUAGUUAAGAUUUACAAUUUUGUCAGUGAUGAUUCAUUUUGUCAUUCUUGUUAGCCGACAAGGAAAGGUGAGGCUGACUAAAUGGUUUUCAACCUAUUCCCAGAAAGAAAGAUCCAAGGUAAUGCGGGAAUUGAGUGGUAUAAUACUCAAUCGAGGCCCCAAGCUGUGCAACUUCAUAGAGUGGAGAGGACUUAAAGUUGUCUAUAAAAGAUACGCGAGCCUCUAUUUCUGUAUGUGUAUUGACCAAGAAGACAAUGAACUGGAGAUUCUUGAAAUAAUUCACCAUUACGUUGAGAUACUUGAUCGAUAUUUUGGCAGCGUUUGUGAGCUGGAUUUGAUUUUUAACUUCCACAAGGCUUACUAUAUACUAGAUGAACUUCUACUUGCUGGUGAGCUGCAAGAGUCAAGUAAGAGAGCAAUAGGACGAAUGAUAGCUAUACAUGAUCGAUUUGUGGAGGCUGCUAAAGAGGAGGCCAGUUCAAUAAGCAAUUUACUCGCACAAGUUAAUAUGUAGGAGCUUCAAUUCUUUUAAAGGAAUACUAUAUUUAUUUAUUUAUUUAUUUUCUUUUACCAAAAUCCUCCUUUAACUUUGAGUCAUUAUUACAUUUACCAACUCAAUUGUCAUUUCUUUGAUGAAUUGUACACAAUGACUACCAAUAUAU